AAAAGAAAUAAGAUAUGAGGAAUAUCCUGCAAUAUUCUUAGAUACUCGAUUUUUUCAGAUAAUUAAGCUCAAAAGCUACGAAAUUCAUGUGAUUUUCCUACUCAAUUACCCAGACUCCAACCAAAGUCCCCUUACUCUCUCUCUCUCUCAACUUCAGAAUUUUGCUCUGAUUUCUAAUUCUAUACCAGGUUUUUUGCAGAUUGGUGGAGAUCCAUUUGUCAGCAUGGCUCAUCUACUUUCAACUUCUUGCUCCAUGAAAGUAUCUCCAAGUGAGAAACUUUCCUCCAGAUGUUGGAACGUAGGGUUGACAAAUUCUCCCAUGUCAUUUACUCCACAAACUUCAAAGUCAGCAUUUAAAAGGCUUGUUCAUCAAGGAGAUAAAACACAAAAACUAUUUGUUGUUCGUGCUACCACUGUACCUUUAAACCAGGAAACUAAAGCUCAAUCUGGCACUAGCUCCUUCGAGAACAACGGAAAUUCAUCUGGUCGCAAGCGAGUUAUGGUUAUUGGUGGAGAUGGAUAUUGUGGUUGGGCAACAGCCCUUCACCUAUCCAAUAAAAACUAUGAGGUUGCCAUUGUUGACAACCUUGUUCGUCGGUUAUUUGACCACCAACUUGGUCUUGAUUCCUUGACCCCUAUCGCCUCCAUUCAAGACCGCAUAAGCCGCUGGCAGUCCUUAACUGGUAAAACGAUUGAACUUCAUGUUGGUGAUAUCUGUGACUUUGAGUUCUUAGCAGAAACCUUUAAGUCAUUUGAGCCUGAUGCUGUUGUCCACUUUGGAGAGCAACGAUCUGCCCCAUAUUCUAUGAUUGACCGUUCAAGAGCUGUAUACACUCAGCAUAACAAUGUUAUUGGGACUCUUAAUGUUCUGUUUGCCAUUAAGGAGUUUAGGGAAGAAUGUCAUCUGGUAAAGCUGGGAACUAUGGGUGAAUAUGGAACUCCAAAUAUUGAUAUUGAAGAAGGUUUUAUAACAAUCACUCACAACGGUAGAACAGAUACUUUACCUUAUCCCAAGCAGGCUAGCUCCUUCUAUCAUUUGAGCAAGGUCCAUGAUUCACAUAAUAUAGCUUUUACAUGCAAGGCUUGGGGUAUUCGAGCAACUGAUUUGAAUCAAGGUGUGGUCUAUGGAUUGAUGACAGAUGAAACUGCAAUGCAUGAAGAAUUAUGUAACAGAUUUGACUAUGAUGCUGUUUUCGGGACUGCAUUAAAUCGAUUUUGCGUUCAGGCUGCUGUCGGUCAUCCUCUUACAGUCUAUGGUAAAGGGGGUCAGACCAGGGGAUAUCUUGAUAUAAGAGAUACCGUGCAAUGUGUAGAGUUGGCCAUUGCAAACCCUGCAAAACUUGGUGAAUUUAGAGUCUUCAAUCAAUUCACCGAGCAGUUUUCAGUAAGAGAACUUGCUGCACUCGUAACAAAAGCAGGAGAAAAACUUGGGCUUAGUGUUGAAACCACCUCAGUGCCUAACCCAAGAGUCGAGGCAGAGGAGCAUUACUACAAUGCUAAGCAUACUAAACUCGUUGAAUUAGGUCUCAAACCACACCUUCUAUCAGACUCACUCCUAGACUCUGUGCUAAAUUUUGCAAUUCAAUACAAAGAUCGUGUUGACACGAAACAGAUUAUGCCUAGUGUCUCCUGGAAAAAGAUUGGGGUCAAGCCACAAACUCUUCGAGCUUAAUUUAAGAGUAAGACCGUAAGAGUACCUUCCAAGAGUUUGCUGAUCAUUUGUUGUGACAAAAAUUUUUCUGGUGUUGUUUUAGUCAACUAAGUUAUUCUUACAUAGAGAAAAUUAGGAAGCUGUAGAUGUGGAGCUUAUGCUAGCAGUUCAGGGUUUGUACGCAGUUCUACAAUGUAUCUCUUUAAUAGAACUGUGCUUCUGCUUGCUGUUGGUCACUGCUGUGGACAUGACUGUCCCUGCUCCCUAUUAUGUAUGAAUAAACGGUUGCUCAAUAGCAUUGCAAAAGAAAAAUGUUUUCAUGAACAACUCGUGAACAAUAUUAAUCAAGAGUUAUUCAAGUACAAAUAUGAACCAAUUUUCUAUUA